AUGCCAAACGAACUCCAGAUCCAUGCAGGAAUUUCCAAGAAAAGGAACACCGCAGAGCCGCCCAAAGCUGAUGAUGUUCCAAUUAUAGGGCCCGUCCGUCAAAGUGCAGUCCUCGUGGGCCCGUCACUCCCCCCUCCGUCAGAGGAGGAGCCCGGGAUCGACGACGACUACGUCGCCGCCAUCACCGCCGCAACCCCAGGCUCACCAUACUCGGCCAACCGCGCCCUUCUCCACGACCUCACCCUCCCCUCCGUCCCCAACCUGGACAUGCCCCCUUCCCCACCGGGAUCUCCCCCGCGCGCCACCUCCGCCAAGUUUACACAAUUUCUCGACCUCAAGAAGAAGGGCGUCCACUUCAACGCUAAGCUCGAGAGCUCCACGGCCUUGCGUAAUCCCGGACUCACCGAGAAGCUCAUGGAUUUUGCCGACAUCGGCACCGGUGACGACCCCGUCUGCCAGUACGAGACCACCCUGCCCCUCGACAUCUGGAAUCCCAGGGCGUUGCCCGACUCGGCGUACAGGGGCCACCUGCGUAGGGGCCAGGAAAGGGCGGAGGCCGAGAGGGAGGCUCAGAGGGCCGCUGGUGGCCGCACAGCCGUUGAGUUUGUGCCGGCUUCAUCGUCAGCCACGCCGGCUGGUGGCAGCGCUUCUGCCGCAGGAGGCGUGUUUCGGAGUGACAAGAAACGCGGCGGCUGA